UAAUCUUAAAAAAAACAAAUAAAACAAAUCAAGCUAAUAAUGACAGCGACAAAUUGACAGGAAAACAAAAGCAAUUUAAAAACAAUUACCUUGCAAUGUGUAACACACAUAAACAAAAGAAACUAAAAAGAAAAAAUAGCAACAAAAAGUAAUUAACAAUUAAAAAUGUUGCCUAGCCGAGCCCAAAAAAGUAAAAAAAACAAAAACUUUAAGGUAAAAAGUAAAAAAUUCAAACAAAUUAAACGUCAACCACACACAUUAAACAAACGCAACGGUCUCAACAGUUGUAAACCAGACAGCAUUAAAUUCAUACACAUUUUUAGUUGAAACGAAAAAGUGAUUUAAAAGUGUUAGUUUUAGUGAACAUAAUAAAAAGAAAAAUACUAAAUAAAAGUUGUAAUAAAAGUUAAUUAUGUGGCGUUAUUUAAUGACCAGUUUUAUUAUUAUUAUAAUAAUAACUAUGUUUAUGCCAUCAUUUGUAUGGUCUUACGAUCCAAAUGACAAGAAAAUCGCCUCGGUUUUACCACCAGAGGGUAUGUUUGAGGCUUUCUAUCCGAGGGAAAUGGAUGGUGUACCCAAUAGUGCUUCCCGGCCAGCUCAUGCUCACGGUUCGUUUUUUAAACAUCGUAAUCCUGCUUUGGUGGAUACAAAAAAUGCUGCUGCUUAUGGCUAUCGUUUUGAUGGUAAAAGGAGAUUUAAUUUUGAUUAAGAGAAGAGAUUAAAUCAAGUUUUUUUUUUGUUUUUAAAUGUAUUAAGAAGAGUAAUAAAAAGCUAAAGAGUGAGAAAUA